GGCUGAAAUGGCGCAGAAAGGUGAACAGCGGAAAACUUUUUCUUGUUUUAUCUGUCGGGAUCAACUGAAAGAUCCAGUGACUAUUCCCUGCAGACACAACUACUGCAUGAACUGUAUUAAAAGCUUCUGGGAUCAGGAGGACGAGAAGCAAAUCCACAGCUGCCCUCUGUGUCGGAAGAGCUUCACGCCGAGGCCUGCGCUGGUGAAAAACGCCACGUUAGCAGUUGUGGUGGAGAUACUGCAGGAACCUGCUCCUGAUGAUCGCUGCUACGCCGCACCUGAAGAUUUGGCCUUUGACAAACACCUCCAGCCUCAUUACAACUCAGCACCAUUAAAGAAACACAAUCUGGUGGACCCAUCAAAGAGGCUCCGAGAGAACAUCUGCUCUCGUCACGAUGAGGUGAUGAAUAUGUUCUGCCGCACCGAUCAGCAGUUUAUCUGUUCUCUUUGCCCGGUGGACGAACAUAAAGGCCACGACACAGUUUCAGCUGCAGCAGAGAGGACUGGCAGGCAGAGAGAGCUCGAGGUGAGUCGGCAAAACAUCCAGCAGAGAAUCCAGGACAGAGAGAGAGAUGUGCAGCUGCUCCAACAGGCGGUGGAGGCCAUCAAUCGCUCUGUUGAUGAAGCAGUGGGAAACAGUGUGAAGAUGUUCGCUGAGCUGAUCCGUCUCACGGAGAAGAGAAGCUCCGAGGUGAGGCAGGAGGUCAGAUCGCAGCAGAAAACUGAAGUGAGUCGGGUCAAAGAGCUUCAGGAGGAGCUGGAGCAGGAGAUCACCGAGCUGAAGAGGAGAGACGCUGAACUGGUGAAGCUCUCGCACACAGAAGAUCACACCCAGUUUCUACACAGCUUCGCCUCACUGUCAGCACUCAGCGAAUCCACAUCCAGCAUCAGUCUCCAUCCUCUGCGCCAGUUUGAGAGUGUGACAGCGGCUGUGUCAGAAGUGAGAGAUAAACUGCAGAACGUUCUGAGUGAGAUGUUUGACGUGGACGUUUUACUGUCACAACUGAAGGCUAAGACCAGAGCUAAGUUCUUAAAGUGUUUCAGUAACCUCACAUUUGAUCCAAACACAGCACACACACACCUGUUGUUAUCCGAGGGAGGCAGAAAAGCAACAAAAAUGAGUCAUAAACAACCUCAUCCAAGUCACCCGGACAGAUUCACCAAAUAUUGUCAGGUCCUGAGCAGAGAGAGUCUUACUGGACGUUGUUACUGGGAGGUGGAGUGGCAAGGAGGAGACGCUUGUGUAGCAGUCGCGUACAGUAAUAUCCGCAGAGCAGGGGGCUCCAAUGAAUGCAGAUUUGGAUACAACGACAAGUCUUGGGCGUUAUAUUGUAUCAGUGGUGGAAAUCACUUUUGGCACAACAAUGUCCACACUCCAGUCUCAGGUCCUCAGUCCUCCAGAGUGGGAGUGUACCUGGAUCACAGUGCAGGCGUUCUGUCCUUCUACAGCGUCUCUGAAACCAUGACUCUGCUCCACACAGUCCAGACCACGUUCACUCAGCCUCUACACCAUGGACUUUGGAUUGACUUCUGGUCUGAGCUGUCCGAAGUCACCGCUGAGUUGUGUGAACCUAAAUAGACAGAAGUCAUUUAAAGGUCCGGUGUGCAGGAUUUAGGGAGAUACAUUAUAAGGUGUCUUGACUGUAUGCUACUGUGAGACUAUUGUGCAGCAUCAUGUAGGCAAGGCGGCUUUAUUUGUUUGACGCAUUUUAUACAACAGGACAAUUCAAAGUGCUUUACAGAGCAAAGGUCAGAUGUUAGCAGGUUUUUUUUGUGCAGUGGGAAUGAGGGUUUAUUGUAGCAACACCCACAUUCCCAACAACAUGUAUAUGUUAUAUACACUGGUGAAACCGAAUUAACCCCUUUAAAAGUCACACAAUAACGCAAACAAUAGUCUGGCUUUGAGAUCGAUAUAAUGGCUUAAUUUUCCUGUUGGAAAUCACUGUCUGACAUUAAGAUAAAGCUGUGAAAAUACACUUAAAUUGAUAUUGAUUAUUUUAGGUGGGACCUUUUUUUUAGCUGGUUAAAAUACAUUUUGUUGCUGACCCCCAUCCACAGCAGUACAUUGCUAAGUUUCCCACACAAUCCCAAUCCAAAAAACCUUUUAGCAAGUUAAACUGGACUUUCUGCUGCUUUUACCACAGUGCAUUAAAGGAACUUACAAAUGACAUAUAGUUCCCUUUUCAGUAGUGACACAAAUCCAAAUAGUGGCAGUAGUUAGUUACAAACUUAUUAUUGGUUAUUUACAUAUGAAAUAGUUAAUACGAACCAAUAUGCAGGCAAGUUUAAACUAUCUGAUAGUUUUACAUAUUUGGGCAUAAAAAUAUCAUCUGAAAUAGAAAAUAUUGUCUCUAUUAAUUAGAACCCUAUUUUGGACCUCGUGGCUGAGCUGCUACAACGAUGGACAUCAUUACUCAUUUCCUUAAUUGGAUAAAUUAACCUUCUUAAAAUGAAUAUACUUCGGACAUUUCUUUACUAUUUCAGAAUAUACCACUGCACCUGUAAAAAAACUUCUUCCAAAAAAUUACAAAGUCCCUCCCUGAUUUUAUCUGGAAUAACAGGCGCCCACGACUAAAAUCGUCUUUGCUAUAUUUACCAUUUGAUAGGGGAGGACUUCAGUGUCCCAGCCUGCAGUGGAUUUAUUGUUGUGAACACAUUUGAAACAUUUGCAUUAGUUUGUUAUCUGAAGAAAGCACAAGAGAUGAGAAAACAAGCUCUUAAUCAGGAUAAACUGUAGAUUUAUAAACUUUGUAGAAUUAAUUCUUCACGGUAAAAUUCAUUUUUUUUGCAAGAAUAUUGGUCAUAAAUUAUUUUGUAACUUUAUUUUAUUUGUGUAUUUUUGUAUUUUUUGCUGAUAUCUGUAAAACAAAGAUGACCCAUGCUUUGUAUUGUGAUGGUGUGUCGUAAUUCCACAUGUGAAGGGCCAAACUGACGUGACACAGAAAUAAAAAC